GUGUCAAUUCAGCUUUAUUUUUAGUGCGGGGAUUCCCGAAUGUCUACCCAGAGGAGAGUAAACAACUUUUUGAUAGAUUAAGAUAGCAUGGACCGGUAUGCGAAAAAGAGGAAACUCCAAGCGGACGAUACAGAGGACGAAUCGACGAAUACAUCUCAAGUCGCAUCUAAAGAUGAAACCGAGCACGAACCCAGUCAACCGGACACUACAAUGUCCAAGUCUGUGAAAUGGCGGCAGUACACUUCAAAAGACUUGGACUGUAGCUACACUACUCUUUACUCAAGGUCAGAAGCUGACGAUCUCAUUUCAGAAUGCGAGAGGUCUUUGGAAUAUUAUACUGGGCAGAUGACUCGGGUAUUUGUGUUCGGAAAAUGGCAUAAUAUACCAAGGAAGCAGGCAGCCUAUGGCGACGACGGUUUGUCCUACAGCUAUUCCGGAAACACCGUAGCUGCCAAACCAUGGACACCAUUGUUGAACAAUAUCAGAGACCGUGUCUCCAAUGCCACUGGGUUCACCUUCAACUUCGUUCUCGUAAACAGGUAUAAGGAUGGACGUGACCACAUCGGAGAACAUCGGGAUGAUGAGCGGGAACUUGUACCAAGGCAUCCUAUUGCGUCUCUGUCGCUAGGACAACCACGAAACUUUGUUUUCAAACAUGCCAAGUCGAGGGGGAAGAAUGCAACACAGAAGAUUGCCCCAGUAACGAUAAAACUCGGACACGGCAGUCUUCUGAUGAUGAACUAUCCGACCAACACUCACUGGUACCAUUCUCUGCCACAGCAGAAAUCUUUAUUGGGAGUCAGAAUUAACAUGACCUUUCGAAAAAUCGACCCCUCUAAAAUGACACCGGUGAAGUGAGCAUGUCCAUUCAUGGUAAAUCGAUUAUUACUCGAUCCAUGCAUUCAACGGGCCCGAAAAGUUGUACUUCAAGCGCCACACUUGAGAGAACUCGAGUACAGCUCAAAAUGUACAAGCAUUUGAACUUCGUCAUGAAGGUUUCAACAUUAUCUCAGGUCUCGUGCAGUAAUUACUUGGACUAUAUUUCCUCCCGAUUGUCUUUUUGAUGAACAAUUUUAAUCACACCAAUGAAUAAAGCUGAACACGUAUUCAUGCACGACGACGACGAUGAGGAGAAAAUGUACGAACUGCAAUGGCUCCCACAAAUACACUUACAUUGGGUUAUUUUACCUAGAAUUAGUAAAGGAGGUUUCUAGUUAUCGAUUUGUACAUGCGUUAUAAAUUAGUAGAUCCAUCCGUGGCACUUAAAACAUGUGUGCUAAAAUGUCUCGUAAACCCCUCGAUAGGUUUAGAUUAUAUGCAGCAAGGUUUACACUAAAUACGAUAUUUGAAUGUCACGGAUUGGGACCAAUGGCGAAAUACCAUAUUUAACCAUUUGAAAUGAGAAUCAUAUGUUACAGGUUUCCAUAGACCUUCAAUGGAUUUGGUCCGUAAUUACACAAUUGUUUCAUAUAUUUAACAUCCACUUCGUUGGUCAUUUAUCAAAGAUAAAGGACACAUUAACCACUUUGGAAAAUUAUGGCACGUAAGUAUUUCAAUUGCUGUGUUAAAGGAAGGGAAUCGCGAUUUCUACAACACUUGAGGAGUUUAAGUUACAGCCAUUAGAAAUGAUCUUAAGCUACAUAUGUAUGGAACUCUUAGAAAUGAUUUUAAACUACAUGUGUAUGGAACCAAUAAAAUGAUCUUAAGCUACAUGUGUAUGGAACUAUUAGAAAUGAUUUUAAACUACAUGUGUAUGGAACCAAUAAAAUGAUCUUAAGCUACAUAUGUAUGGAACUCUUAGAAAUGAUUUUAAACUACAUGUGUAUGGAACCAAUAAAAUGAUCUUAAGCUACAUGUGUAUGGAACUAUUAGAAAUGAUUUUAAACUACAUGUGUAUGGAACCAAUAAAAUGAUGUUAAGCUACAUGUGAAUGGAACCAAUAAAAUGAUGUUAAGCUA